GCAUCUUCAACCUAACAUCAUAACAAGAACAUGGCGAUCAAGCUGAGAUCCAUAGUGCAGUGCGUUGUGACAGUGGCUAUAUUUCUGGUGAUAGGGUUACUGGGUGGAGGAGCCGAAGGGGUUGUGUUAUGCAACACGGACACGACGAAGCUGAGCUUGUGUCGUCCGGCGGUCACCGGCCAGCACCCGCCACCGCCGACAGAGGCCUGCUGCGCCGUUGCCCGGCACGCAGAUGCGGCAUGUCUCUGCAAGUACAAGUCGGUGCUUCCUGCACUUGGGAUUGAUCCCCAGAAGGCGAUCGCUUUGUCCGCAAAGUGUGGUCUCACCACUCCUCCACAAUGCAAAGGGAAAUGAAGGUGUUUUAGCUCAUAUUCAUUAUAAGCACUAUCUUAAAUCAACCUGCCCUUGAGUUUUUCAUCACCAUUAGAAAAAGUUUACUAGGGAUUGAAUAAUUUGCCCUUCUCUGAAAUAAAUAAAUUUCCGUUAAUCAUUUGUAAGCAAGACGUCAUGUAAAGUGUCUCUUGUGUUUGUGAAAUUUAUAUUGCUACUUGAUGUACUACUAUAGAAGGCCUUGAUCUACACAUGUUGAUGGCCAUAUAAAUAAAAUGAUAUCAAAAUAAUUA